CGGCAGCAAGAAAUCAACUCGGGAAGAGGAAGGAGAUCAUCUGCGCAUACAUGGGGAACUGCGCCGUCACGCAGCACGCCGUGUCGUGGGCCGACGACGGCGAGUGGGAGCUGCCGGAGGAAGGGACCGCGCCGACGAGCGGGGCUCACAUGACGGAGGUGACCAUCAGGAUCACCAAGAGGCAGCUGCAGGAGCUGGUGGACAAGAGGGCGGCCGCCGGCGGCGGCGGCGCCCUCGGUCACCACAUCUACAGGAAGAGCCGGCGGUCGGCCGCGGAGCUUCUGGCGGACAUCAUGAACGCCGGCGAGGUCUACCACCAGCACUACAAGGUGGCGCACUGGAAGCCCGCGCUGCAGAGCAUCCCGGAGGCCGCCAUGGAGUCAUGACACGUCCUGCCCGUGGCGUUGCCAACUUCGUUUGCUUCUCUCCGGCUGCAUCCUUGCAGCUUCGUUCGGUGGAGUGGAACACAGCUUUUUUGUGACGAACUUGUGUGAUUCUUUUCUAGCUCAGAUGCCACGAACGAUGUAAAUUAGUAGGCUAAUUAAGUGCGCAUAGAUAUAAUGGCGUAAAGGAGACGAUCUGUCAUCCACAAUCCAUUACCGGGACAUGGAAAUGGAGAAUUAAUUGAUGUGAAAAUGCAUGAUGAUCAUAUGGGAGCA